CUUGCCCAUCCUCAUUUUGGACCCACCCACCCCAACCGUGAUGUGAGGCUAAGAGAGAGAGAAAAUCCAGACGCAUGGAAGACCAAUCCGGAAGUCAGAAAUGGCGCCCCCAAGACGAAGGAAAAGACCCAGCCAGAUGUGCUCCUGCUUUCACUCUAAGGAGACCUCCUGCCAUGGUGCCCAGGUUAGAGUGACUGAAUUUCCAACCUAAACUUCGGAGACCACAAUGAAAAACCACCAGAGCCCUCACACCGUCGUGCUGGUGAUUCUCUUCGCCUUGUUCAUGCUGCUGAUCAUUUACAAUUCCAACAGUCACAACGAGGCCCUCCUCCGUUACACCGUGUCGCAGGCCAAGCCCCCGCUGCCCUCCAGCCUCAAGAAGUGGGGGGUGAAGGGCGAAUACCUGCCUGUGCCCGGAGGGAAGCCCUUGGUUCAGCACUGCAAUGAAUGUGCCCUCAUCACCAGUUCCAGUCACCUCCUGGGCAGCAAACUGGGCCGAGCCAUCGACGAGUCCGAAUGCACCAUCCGCAUGAACGACGCGCCCACCACGGGCUUCUCGGACGACGUGGGGAACAAGACUACCUUCCGGGUUGUGGCUCACUCCAGCGCCUUCCGGGUGCUGAAGAGGCCGCAGGAAUUCAUCAACAAGACCCCCGAGAACAUCUUGAUUUUCUGGGGUCCCCCCCUCAAGAUGCAGAAGAGCAUCAUCAAGCUCAUCGAAAGGGUCAGCCUCAGUUUCCCCAACAUGUCGGCCUUCGCGGUUUCUCCCAAGCGCAUGCAACAGUUUGACGAAUUGUUCCGAAAAGAGACCGGCAAGGACAGGCAGACUUCCCGGUCCUGGCUGAGCACCGGAUGGUUUACUAUGGUGAUUGCGGUGGAAUUGUGCGACAAACUCCACGUUUAUGGCAUGGUGCCCCCCAGUUACUGCAAUAAGACCCCUCCCCACCGGCUGCCCUACCACUAUUACGAACCCAAAGGGCCAGACGAAUGCACCACUUACAUCCACAACGAACGCAGCCACAAAGGAAAUCAUCACCGUUUCAUCACCGAGAAACGAGUCUUCGGCCGAUGGGCUAAUCUCUACAACAUCACUUUCUCGCACCCCGAAUGGGAAUAGUGGCAACAAGGAGACAACACCCCCCCCCCACAAGUGCCAAAACUGGGAUCCUGCAGACUUCCCCACCCCUGGACUGCUGAGUUCUAAAUUUCCCAUCUUGUCCUAGAGGAGUGCCUUGGGGCAUUAGAAUUAGACGUCCGAUGAGAAUCACAGUUGGAUGGAAGGCCAAGGUUGCUUCUAAGUUGAGCUUGUUGGUAAGCUCUCCAAGAGAAUUUUCUCUCUCUCUUUCUCUGGUUCUUGUUAUUUCUCAUCAUGCCCUAAAGGAGUUGGGGGCAUUGUGGGAAAUUAGAAGUCUGAUGAGAAUCACAGUUGGAUGGAAGUCCAUCAAGGUUGCUUCUAGUUGGAUGGUUGAUGGUUGGUAAGUUCUCCAAGAGAGAUUUGUUUCCCCUUUCUCUGGUUCCUGGACUGCUGUGUUAAGUUUCCCAUCAUGCCAUAGAGAAGCAUCUUGGGGGCCUUGUGGGAAAUUAGUAGUCCGAUGAGUUCACAGUUGGAUGGAAGUCCAUCAAGGUUGCUUCUAGUUGGAUGGUUGGUGGUUGGUAAGUUCUCCAAGAAAGUUUUGUUUCCCCUUUCUCUGGUUCCUGGACUGCUGUGUUAA